AUGGAACCAACAAGCGAAACAAUGCCAGAUACCUCCAAAGCUGAGCACCUCUGUGUCUUGGUUCACGGACUUUGGGGAAACCCUUCGCACCUGGAUUAUGUCGCAUCCGCUCUAAGAGACAGAUAUGGCAGCGACAGCCUCUACAUCCUCUGCUCGAAAGCGAAUAGCGGCAACUAUACCUACGACGGAAUUGAGUUGUGCGGAGAACGAAUAAUGCACGAGGUCGAGGAGACACUUGAAUCGCUCGCUGAGAAGGGACAAAAGAUCACAAAAAUCAGUGUGAUUGGAUACUCGCUUGGUGGCCUGAUCGCGCGCUAUGCGAUUGGCUUGCUUAAUGCACGGGGUUGGCUGGAUAAGCUGGAACCCAUGAACUUCACGACCUUUGCCACGCCACAUGUUGGUGUGAGAGCUCCACUGAAAGGGUACAGGAAUAAGAUCUUCAAUGUUCUAGGUCCGAAGACGAUCUCGGCAUCUGGCCGCCAAAUGUGGCUAGUCGAUUCUUUCCGAGAUACUGGGCGGCCGCUUCUCGGUGUUUUGGCUGAUCCCGAGAGCAUCUUUAUGACUGGACUGAAAAAGUUCCAGCAGCGAAGUGUUUAUGCGAAUAUUGUCAAUGACCGCUCGGUUCUCUACUACACAUCUGGCCUUUCUAAAGUGGACCCAUUCCGGGAUCUGGAAGACGUGAAUAUCAACUACGUUCAGGGUUAUGAAGAUGUCAUUAUCGACCCCGACCUUCACGUGCUUCCUCCGGUGCAGAGAGGACCUGAAACUGCAGCAGGGCGGUUUUGGAAGAAAUUGAAAUCGGUAACCCAUUCGAUACCUCUGUCACUCCUGAUCAUUGUCCUCGCGCCUCUGGCUUCUGUGCUUUUUUUGAUAAAUGCCGGCAUCCAAACGUGUCGCAGCUCAAAGCGCAUCCGUAUGCAUGAGGUUGGCGAAAACGGCGAGCGCUUCGGAAGAUACAGAGUACCGGUUUUGAUCCAAGACGUUCAGCAUGUUGUGGAGCAGGCCUUUGAGAACGUCACUGCUAUACAAGAACCAGCUUAUCUAUCCAACAGCGAUACUGAAGCGUCUGACGUGGCGCCCGAGAAGUCCAUUAUAUCAUCUCUCUCGAAGUCUGCGCGAAACGAUGCCGACGGUGGAUCUGCAUCAGCUAGACGUUUAUCAACGACGGAGGGUUCGACACAUUAUCCUAAGCUUGCAUUGACCCACGAACAAUUUGGCAUAAUCGAUUCCCUCAACGCUGUGGGAAUUCGGAAAUAUCCUGUCCACAUACAGAAGCACCACCACAGCCACGCAGUUAUCAUUGUCCGGGCUGAGAAGGACGGGUUCCGAGAGGGCAAGAUUGUGAUGAAGCAUUGGUUGGACAAUGAGUUCGCAUUAUGA